AACACCCUCAAGAAACUCUUUUUUGCUGACGUACGAAAAUUGAUUUCCAUGCGAGAACCGACUCUUGAAUCAUUGAUUGUGAGGAAAGGGACAAAUAUCGCGAUCAUGCAUGCACGUAGCCCUCAUCUAGGCUGGGCGAUCGGCUAUUCGUUCUCGGGACGCUAACGGCAACGGCCAACUAACCUCCUCCUUCUUUCCCUUUCACAUGCCCGCAGCACCUCCUGUCUUCCUCAACAGCACCACCUACCGGCGCGCCCAAAUAAACAGACCCAGACAUGACCCCUCAUUCUUCUUCCAUGUACCAGAUAUAUCAUCCUCGCGUCCCCCACUGAACGUAACAGCCUGCAUCACUCCAUCAACAACUCAUUCUUCAUCACCUCAAAACACACAAUCAUCGUCAUCAAUACCAACGCCAGCAUUACCGUCACCAUGCCAGGCUCCCCUCCAAGCCCUUCCGACCAGCCCGACCGCACCCGUCUGUCGGAGGCCCAAAAGAAAGAAAACCACAUCAAGUCCGAGCAGAAACGCCGCGAAGCCAUCCGCGGAGGCUUCGACCGCCUUGCCGACAUUGUCCCAGGCAUGGCAGGCCAAGGUCGCAGCGAGGCCGUCGUCCUCGAAGCCACCCUCCAGAUGAUGCGCGAGCAGAUUGACAAACGCCAGAAGCUCAUCGAGAAAGCAAAAGCAAAAGGUCUUGAUGUGUCUUCGUUCGAGCUCGAUCAGCAGACUGUGAUGGCGGCUUAUGAACAGAUGGAAAGGAACGCGCGCGAUGCUCGCGAUGUUGAGCAGGGACAGGCUGAUGCUGUGCAGCAGGCCUAGUAUGAAACUGAUGCUCGU